AGAAGGAAAUUUGACAACCUUAGGAGGAAACUCAGUGUCCACCGCUGGGCUCAAAACUUGGAAAAUUUCUUCAUCGAGUCUACGAUUUUCCUUAGGACUACAACUCCCAGCAGGCCACCGCAGAGUCCAAAGCUUAUUGGCGGUCCCGCUCGGUUUCUUGCGGUGUGGCAGCUACUACAGCCAAUGGGAAAGGAAGAUAGUUCUCAGAACCCAAUCCUGGAACGGCAGGGGCUCGGACAUGGGCAGUGAGAAGGAGCAGGAUCCAGAGCAGCACCUGCCCGAGGAAGGGGAGCGGGGCAAGCCUUGGAGAGUGGAUGACUCGGAGGGUUUUCGGAUCCCAGCUGGGGAGAAAGAGCAUGGGCAAGAGAGCCAGUCGGUGGGGCCACAAGGGGUCCAUCCGAAACGGCCGUGGCAGAAAGUCACUGUCCCCACUGGAGAGCCGGGGGACCCCGUUGCUCAGCCGAGGCCUGAGGCCGAGGAGAAGCCCUUUAUAUGUGCCCAGUGUGGCAAAACCUUCAAUAAUACCUCCAACCUGAGAACACACCAGCGGAUCCACACGGGUGAGAAACCUUACAAGUGUUCUGAAUGUGGCAAGAGCUUCUCGAGGAGCUCCAACCGCAUCCGGCACGAGCGGAUCCACCUGGAAGAGAAGCACUACAAAUGCCCCAAGUGUCAGGAGAGCUUUCGGCGGCGCUCGGAUCUCACCACGCACCAGCAAGAUCACCUGGGCAAGCGGCCGUACCGCUGUGACAUCUGUGGGAAGAGCUUCAGCCAGAGCGCCACGCUGGCUGUGCAUCACCGGACCCACCUGGAGCCCGCGCCCUACAUCUGCUGUGAGUGCGGGAAGAGCUUCAGCAACAGCUCCAGCUUUGGGGUGCACCACCGCACCCACACAGGCGAGAGGCCUUACGAGUGUGCCGAAUGUGGGCGGACCUUCAGCGACAUCUCCAACUUCGGAGCCCACCAGAGGACCCACAGAGGGGAGAAGCCCUACCGGUGCACCCUGUGUGGGAAACACUUCUCCCGCAGCUCCAAUCUCAUCCGCCACCAGAAAACGCACCUGGGAGAGCCGGCUGGGAAAGACUCCACCUGAAGAAGAGUGAGGGGGAGAGAGAGACCCACUGGGAGUAUAGAAAGAUCUUUAGGAUCUGCUGCUGCCUCCUUGACCUCAACCCCUUCACCCCACUUUGGAGAAUGGUUUCCUGUGAAGCCCGAUCUCCAGGAUGCCUUGAGGAGGGACUUGAAUAAAAAUCCUUGCCCCCUUCCAAUCCAAUUUCUUGCCUUGGAAGGUCAGAAGAUCUGGCCUUGGCUUCAUCUCCUUGCGGUGAAAGAGAAAUAGGAUAGGUUUAGUACAUGCUCCUUUCAUUAGGGCCACGGUCCCUGGCCUUUGAGGAAGUACCUAUGCGAUGCACAUCACUGAAGAUCCUCCAAACCGUGUAUGAACUGCUCAGGACACAGUGCAGUGGCCUGCUAGUCCCCAUCCACUGCGCCCCAGCUGGGCUUCGGGGGGCAGUCUGCCCAAUGGAAGGGGCCUCCUUGGCCUGGAGAAUGGCCUGAGGUCCUGCCUUAGAGAUGAAAGGGAAGCUGUUAGGGAGCUGUGAUCCAGGGACCUUGACACUGCCCCCUGUGUGUGACUCGUUAUCCCCGCCCCAACCUGCCUCUGUUCCCCGAGUGAUUAGCAGUAAAACCCUUCACUACAAAGGACCUGCGUACUUAUUUGGGGCGUUCAAGAAUGGGGCUCCUGGGGGCGUGGUCUCUCUGCAGCUGGGAGAAAGUGGAAUUUCAAGGGAGACGCAGUGGGUGGUUGCUCUGAAAAGCAAAGGGAGACUGAGUUGAUGGGCCUCCACGGAGGACGGAGAAAGGGAAGGAAGUCACAGUAACUGAGCAUCCACUGUAUGACACAGAUUCCACCCGUCACAUUCACAUCCUUUAUUUCAUUUAGUUGUCGCAGCAACCCUCAGGGGAGUAAGAUGAGGAAACAGGAGUGAGGACAGGUGAAGUCGUACGGCAGCGAGUAUAGAGGCGGAGUUCACACUCGGGCCUCCCUUGAUUCGGAGAUGACACUCUGCACUGCACUCGCCAGCUCUGAAGCAGCAGCCACUUAGGGGGCUUACCUGGGACCAGGUGAUUGCCUAGAGGCGAGAGCUAGUGCAGACUCCUCACAGGGCUCUGGACUGUUUGUAGGAAGUUAGUGCCAGCCUUUUCAACUUUAGACUGAUGGAGAACUUACUCUGUAUCUAGGAAAAAUGACAGCGGCAGGGAGUAGGACGUGAGGGAUGGGGUAAGGUGAACCCAUAAUGAGAGUCUUUGACCGUAGUGACGAUAAUUUAUUGCUUGCGUCUGGGACAGCUCAGCAGGGUUCAUUCCCAGGUUCUUGCCCUGGUUUAGGUCUGGUUCCACAGUGCAGAUUUCAGUGUUUUCUGCAGAUGUUUAGUGUCCACCCAGAUUUCCUAUAAAUACAAAAGACGCGGCCCUGCUCCUCUGGCAUGAAGGGCCUCCUUCAUUUGUAGCCAGGUGGCAGAAUGUGACUGUGACACCUGGUUUGGGACUGACCCCCCAUAACCUGACCUGUCACAGGGGACCUGACCCUGCCUCCCACCCAGGAAGGGAUGUGCCCGGGAACUUUGCAAACUUGAUCCUCUGGAAUUCUCAACGACCCUGCGAAGUUAGGGUUCUGCGCCUCUGACAGUUGCAGAAACAGACUGACAGAACGGGACGGAUGCUAGACUGCAUGGCAAGUAAACGGCAGGGUCAGGAACGGACCCGGGCUUCUGCCCGAAUCCAAAACCGGAAUUUUCCCAGCUCUAAAAGAAGACUUCCCAACUAAUUCCCUAACAGUUGCAGGACACUUCACAGUUUAUGAAGCACUUUUAUUUCACAUACAUUUUCCUACUUCUUGAAAAUCUCCAUACAAAAUAUUUUAAAUGUAGUCACCCAAGCUGGCAUGUAUGAAUUCUCGCAAUCCCAAAUAA